CAGUAUUCGUAGUAAACGUUUCCUGUUGACCAUACUGACAAACGGAACAAGUUCCGCUGGAGCGUGCGUAUUGGGUAUCCAACUUGCUUAAAGCAUCGGUUGACGUGGAGUGUAAAUCCAGAGACUGACAAGCAACCAUGCCGUCGCUGGGGAGCAGCAGUUCCUCAACCACAGAGUACACUGUGCGCGUCCCAAAAAACACCAGCAAGAAGUACAAUAUAAUGGCAUUCAAUGCAGGGGACAGAGUCAACUGUUCAACAUGGACACAGGCUCGUAUGGAAAGAGAUAUGAGUGCUCGGCGGAUAUAUGGGGAGGAAGAGACGGCUGAGGGCGCAGCUGGUAGUGAGUUUGGCAAAAAGCAGCGUGAGGAAGCUCGACGGAAGAAGUUUGGUAUCGUUACGCGUGAGUUUAAAGUGGAGGACCAGCCGUGGAUUCUCAAGGUCAAUGGUAAAGCUGGUAAGAGGUUCAAAGGUAUAAAGAAGGGUGGCGUUACAGAAAAUGCAUCUUACUACAUCUUCACACAGUGUCCUGAUGGAGCUUUUGAAGCUUUUCCUGUUCACGGCUGGUACAACUUUACACCCCAGGCCAAGCACCGGACUCUGACUGCUGAAGAGGCUGAGGAGGAGUGGGGCAGGAGGAACAAGGUGGUGAAUCACUUUAGCAUCAUGCUUCAGAGACGUCUUCGGGAGCAGGAACGUGGCGAGGAUGAGGAAGAUGAAGCAGAUAAAUCUGGCAAGAAGAAAAAGAAGGGGAGUGGAAAAGGGGGUGACCUGCGCAUUCACGACCUGGAGGACGAGCUGGAGAUGAGCAGUGACGACAGCGACAGCAGUAUGGGGGAAGAUGGAGAGAGCAAGCCAAAGGUGAAAAAAGAUGCUGGGAAAGGAAAAGCAAAGAAAAAGAAACAAAAGCGCAAUGAUAACGAGGCCCUGGAAGACAGCGAUGACGGAGACUACGAGGGCCUAGAAGUGGAUUAUAUGUCGGAUGAAAGCAGCUCAGAAGAAGAACCAGAAAAGGGAAAGCCCACCAAAGGAGAGGAACAUCCUAAAGGGAUUGAUGAAGAGUCUGAAAGUGAGGAAGAGAGUGAGGAGGAGAAACAGAAUGAGGAAGAAGCAAAAGAGGAGGAAGAGGAGGAGGAGGGGAAGAAAACCCCAGUUCAAAUGGAAAAGAAGAAGAAAAAAGACAGCAGUGGAGAAUCAGACAGCUCAGACGACAGUGACAUCGAUGGAGAGACGGCCUCUGCUCUGUUCAUGGCGAAAAAGCGCACACCCCCUAAACGUGCAGGUGGCCGCGGCUCUGCAGGCAGCUCCAGGACUGGCAGCCGUCCUGGAACUCCAUCCUUAGACUCUGCCUCCACCUCAAAUACGCUCCGUGCUGCUGCCAGCAAGCUAGAGCAGGGUAAGAGACAGGCUCCUAGCGCCGACUCACCUGCUGCCAAAAAGCUUAAGCUGGAGCCCAGCACUCAGAGCCCUGUUCCCUCUGGGAAGAGUACACCUCAACCCCAAUCAGGCAAAUCCACCCCCAGCUCCAGCGAUGUGCAGCUGACAGAGGAAGCAGUUCGCCGCUAUUUGAUCCGUAAACCAAUGACCACUAAAGACUUGUUGAAGAAGUUCCAGACUAAGCGCACGGGUUUGAGCAGUGAGCAGACGGUCAAUGUGCUGGCACAGAUCCUUAAACGCCUCAAUCCGGAGCGCAAGAACAUAAACGAAAAAAUGCACUUCUACCUCACUGAAUAACCAGAGGAACAGAAGGAGGUUGUAGCUGGGGUAGAGAAGUGCUAAAAUUGAACCUCUUCCAGUGAAACCAUUUUAUUGUUUCAGACCCGUGGAAGGAAAAAGGUUUGUUGGUGACACUUAAGAAAAAGUAUUUUGUCAACAAUUUUGAGUUUGUUUUUCAUAGGCUGAGGUUUUGCAUUAAAGGGGACUUUCCAAUUUCCUAUUCUGCAUUUUUAUACUUUAACUUUGCUAAAAAGAUUUUUACAGGAUUUCCAGUUCAAAAUCAUCUUUCUCUGUCUGUAUCACAGUUUAUCCUCUUUCAGCUGCCUCCCGCCUCCUUUAAAGCUAACUUUCUUCUGAUUGGCUGCCCCUCAUAAAAAGUGGUAUAAACAGCAGGUGGGUGGGGUUCUCAUUUACAUCACACAGAUGAGAGUAGAAAAAAUAUGGAUAUGACAGAAAAGGAAUAGUAGAAUAGGUCCCCUUUAAGUAACAGACUUGUCCAUUAAAUAAUGCUGAGUGAAAAAUUAAUUUGUUUAUAAUUCUUUGACAACAUUUCAUAGUUUGUUUUUUUUUUUGUUUGUUUUUUCUCAGUUCCUUUUGGUAGAUUAUUAGUUUUUCUAAUAAAAAGAUUAUUAAGGGUUUCACUUUUUGUACCUCAUCUGUCAGUGUUUUUAAAAACUAAAAACUUUCCUUUACAGGCACUAAAACGGGCAUUUCUUUUGUUAAAUUAUUGGCUCAACAGUUGUCUGGAACUAUUUUAAUACAAACAGAUUUAUUAAACAUGCUUUAUAUUAAAAAUCUAAAUAUUAUGUUGCUUAGAGUGAAAACUUAAAGAUAGCAUUAAAAAUAAAUGGCAGCAGUUAAUAUUCAUUUCUGUCUUUCGCCACUUGAUGUCCACACAAUAUCAUAGUUAGGCACAAAACACUUGUUGGGUUAUCGUUAUAGCUGCAAGACAAAAACAAGAGUGCAUGCAAAUAUUGUUUGAAAGCUCAUUUGUAUACCUGUCAAGGAGCAAAGACUUUUUGUUAUUGUAACCAACACAAACUUGUUUUGCUGCUUUGUUUUAGUGACCUGAGAUGGCCUGUAUUAUCUGUAAUGAAGUUGCAAUUUUGACAUAACUGGUAUGCAAUAAUUAUUAGAAAACACGGCAUACAUCAA